AUGGCCUUCUUUGAUCUCUUUGAUAUGACAGUAGCCUAUGUACAGUAUCUUUAUUUCCUCAUCUCUAUUUCACCGGAAAGCUUUCCUGACUUUUAUGCAGAGCCAUUCCGUAGUUUAACCUUUAUUACUCUCGACUUUGUUGAAUCCAUAGGUGAAUCCAAUCGAUAUAGUAAUCCACUGGAGAUAACGCUGCCGACGUGGAUACCAUUAGAUGCCCGUUUACGAUUUGCCCUCAUUGGUGUACUUGCACCUCUUUUAGUUUCUAUUGUAGGGGUUCUUACUGUUUGCCCCACCUUAGCUUUUGGUUGGUUAAUCGUCACAUUAAGUGCCUUCUUUUCAAUGUUAUUUGGCUCUAUUCUAUUAGCAGAUCGAUGGGUAUAUAGAUUAGAUGGAAUACCCAUCAGUACACGAGUUUUGCUUGUGAGUCUUGGAACUGUUUUUACGAUACUUCUUAUAGCUCUUGGGAUAUUUUCUCUUUACUUGUGGAAAAAGGAACGUCGUAAGAGAGAAGAUGCUUUUUUAGCUCGUUCCUCUAGUGAAAUAGAAGCACGAGAAAAGAAUGUUUCUCUUGCUGAAAAGGCCGUGACCCGAUCGGUCACCAAUCGUCGUGCAUUAGCCGCAUUAGAUGCCGUUGAAAAUGAAAAGGAGAGAUAUUUACGUCAUCGUCGUUUUGGAAUUAUUGUACCUCACAUUGUAUUGGCUUUAGCAGCUCUUUUUGCUGGUUUUAUUCUUUCUGGAUCCAUACCAGUGAAAACAAUUCGUUUUUUGCAGAUAAGUCUAUUUGGACGUAUUCCUGGUGCUGUUCUUGUUCUUGCAGCCGUCCUUGCAUUUGUAUGGAUUACAUUAAGUUUAUUUAAAAUGGGUAGAUCAUGGCAGUUAAAAAUGUAUGAUCUCUUCUCAGGAGCAGUUCUCCACAUCAUGUUAAUUAUCAUAUCUCUUAUUUACAGUCCUGUGCUAUUAAGUUGUAUUAGUAUCUUAUGGUGUACAACUGUAGGCUGUGGAGUGGGGGAACGAAUGUCUGUUCCUGGUUCUUUGGCUUUCACAGGUGAUCAAACAAGUUUCUUAGAUCCUCCUGUUAAUAUGUGUGAACCUUGUGAUUUCUCUAUGCAUGAACAACAUUGUCCAUUGUCACUACAGAUGGAAUUGUGCGGUACAGCAGUAAAUGAAUCACGUCUUGCCUAUGAUCAAACUGUGCCUUGUGUUUAUAUAGAUCCUUAUUACAAAACUACGGUAGCAGUUAUUUUUCUUGCCUAUACUGUUUCAUAUCCUAUUCUUCUUGUUUUGGCCGCUGAUCGGGGGACGAAAAUUUUGGAAAAUGAAUAUCCAUUAGAAAAACGUGUCUGUGAUGAAUUUACUGAAAAAGAAUUAUACUAUGAAAAAGUAAGAAAAUCUGAUAAUGUUGCCGCAUCUAUUUACAAAGUCUACAAAAGACGUUAUCGUAAGGCACGUCUAACCUUUUUACUUCAAAGGGUUUUGCUUGUCACUAUUACAAGUCUUACACGUCGUGGACCUGGUAAAGAUAUCUCUUUGACUGGUAUUAUUUUAUUCUUUGUGGUUUGUGUAUUAUAUCUUUUAUAUACCUGUAUACUCCGUCCAUAUGCACGGCCUGUAGAGAAUGCCUACAGUGCAUCUACACAACUUAUGUUAGCUAUUGUAGCCAUUUUAGGUAUGAUAAUAGGGUCACAGAAAAGACACAUUGUUCCUCUUGGUGUUGAGAUAGUAAUAGCGGUAUUUGUGUUUCUAGCUCCGAUUAUAGCACUCAUUUCCGGAUUUAUUUACACAUUUAGUGAAGAUCGUGAACGUGCGGAACGACUGCAGCGACGUUUAUUACGUGGAUUUGUUAUUGUGAAGAAACAAGAUCAGACACCUGAUGUGGUAGCCAUUGUUGCUCAAGAAAUAGAUGAAGAACUGCCGUGUGUUCAUAGUCGAGAACAAAGAGAAGCUGAGGAGAAGAAAGAAGGUGAGAAGAAAGAAGGUGAAAACUCCACCGCUGCUGUUGCUGCUGUUGCUGCUGCUCCCGCAAUAUCUAAUCCAAGAAUACAGGGAACUAAUACAUCUUUCACAGAAACACCACCAUCACAACAACAACAACAACAACAACAACAACAACAACAACAACAACAAGAGGAACUUGUGAGAAAACGAACUAAAGGACCUGAACGACGGCAGAGAUUACGUAAUGCUGGGUAUUCCAUGUCUGUGGGCUCCGAUCCCUCACUAGAAGGUUGGGAUCACAGACAACUUGAAAUGUCUCCAUCAGAGCCGACAACAGAGCGAGAGCCACUGGAUAUGUGUGCACAUGUAGAUGGUCGUGAAGAUACGAUGAUUCUAAGCACUCCAUCCUAUCCAGUACCUCAACAACAUACAAGGGAUGAAACACUUGAACCUGGGAAAGUUGAAGAUGAUUACUUUAAUGAUAAACGUUUCUUUACACCAUCUGGGUACUUUUACGAAUACAAAGAUGUACCCGUAUUGUUGAGUAAGGGAAUGAAUGGUCAACAAGGUGAGGGAGAUCAACAGAAACCCGAUCAGAAUGGAGAGGAAGAAAAGGAACUUUCGGAUAUGGGCUUUCGCAAUUUCUUUUCCUUGGUUGCCUCUAUGGCUACAUUACGGAGAUUCAAGAGUGAAUAUGGAUCUCAUUCAGGCCCUAUGACUGCAGAAGCAAUGAGUUUGACAGAGCGAAAAGAUAGCCCUGGAAACCGAAACCGGGCGGAACCGAAAACGUCAGAAGAAGAAGAAGAAGAACAACAACAACAACAACAACAGUCACCACAACAAGAAGAAAGAGAAGAAGAUAGACAAGAAGAACAAGAAGGUCAGGAAACAACUUCUAUUCAUAAUGAGCAAAAUGUAGCUUCUACUGAUAAUGAAGAGGAAACAGGAAUUGUCAAGUGGCUUCGACGAUGGCAAGAAGUUCUCUUGGGAACUGUACUCUUACGGUAUGAGGAUGUGCUUGAGCGGCGGCAGAAGUUGUGUCUAUCUACAAGUAAAGAAGAAAAACCAUUUUGGUUGGAACCUUCUGAAACUCAAUUGCAGGCUUACAAUGUACCAGGGUGUGCCAUUCCAUGGUUUUGUGCGAAGAAUAACGAAUAUCAUGUUUCUGAAUUCUCUUCACAAGGAGAACGUACUGUUUUUUCUCAACUACAGAAUUGUAAAAAUACAAAAUAUUCUACUCUUGUAGCUCCACGUCGAUUUGGUCAAUCAUCGUCUUAUAUUGAUAACAAUUUCGCACCUCUGAUCUUUCCCUAUAUUCGUAGUAUGCGAUAUGAUUCUAUGCUUAUACCUGGAGCUGAUGCAUCUCAUGAUCCAAAUAAUGAUGCGGGUAGUGUUUUUGGUAAUGCGGCUUCAAGUGAUCGUCCAGCUAUAGAUGAAUCUUAUAAUUUUGGUUUUCUCAAGAAUAAUUCUCCUACCAAUAAGGAGAUUUCAUCAGAUCCUCUUUGUCUGAUGGGAUUACCAAUAGUGGGAGAAGGAAGGGAUGUGGAUAGGCAGAAUCCAGAUGAGAAGAAGAAACAGGAAAAAACGAAAAGGAGAACUAGGAAGAAUAAGAAUCAGGAAAAACAACAACAACAAGAGCAACAACAACAACAAGAGCAACAGCAGCAACAAGAACAACAACAGCAGCAACAGCAAGUGGAAGAGUUCACACUGCCUAUAUGGAAUCCUCUACUCUCACCAAGGGAAAAAACGGCUUUUGAAGAAAAACGGGAGAAGUGUCGUGAUGCUGCAAAGGAAAAACUGGAAAAAACCAAUCAAUUUACUCAUCGUCGAAUUGAACAAGAGGGUAAAGACAGACGUCGGUCCACUCUAUUUCCUCCUGUUGUUCCACAAGUCCACAUGGAAGGAGUUGAUGCCGCCGAUUGGGAUUCAUUUUUAAAUCAACUUCUUGAGGAGGUGUCAGACCCUCUAGAAAAAGAUCCAAAAAGAAAUGUAUCCACAACCUCUAUACAAGAAGGACCACAUACAAGGGUUUCUUCUUCUAAUAUGGGUAAAGCGCGGGGAUCAAUAACAACAGCAACAACAGCAAGAAAAGAAGAAAAAGAAAAAGAAGAAAGAAACGCUAAUAAUAAUACGACUGAACGUAAUGAAGGUGUAGUAUUUCAUUCAAGUGCAGAGGCAUCUCCUUCUGCAGAAUCUCUUGCACUUCCAUCAGCUUCACAAACAGCACUAGCACUAGCAACAGAACAAAUGGGGGAACUUAGACGUCAUUAUGUACUUCGUCAACGUCUUUUAUUGGCAUUCCGAGGACAGAGAGAACGUUUACGUGCACUUCAGGAAGCCGUAGAUAAUAGAAUUGCUAUGACUAUAAAAAAAUAUUUACAAGUCUUCUUUGUUGGAUUAGGCUUUGCCACUGUUCUAGCACUUGUACUCUGUUUAUGUGGAAUGUUACGUAAUGAUGAUGAUAAGUUUGUAGAUGGUGUACACCCCAAUCGGCAAUUGGAUUAUCAACUCAUUGGAUAUGGAACUUGGGAAAACUUUACAAGUCAUUGUUGUUGUAUCUCCAAAACAGAUAUUGAACCUAAGUUCCCUUAUUAUGUAUUAGAUGUGGAGGAUUGGCUUUGUGAUAAUGGCCGUGUGAAGGAGCGUGUGCGGCGGGAUGCGUAUUUAAGUGAGAUUGUGAGUGGCUACGCAGUGCGAGAUCUCUGCGGUAUGACUUUUAAGAGAGGCUGCACGUUGGAAUCAACAGAAAAUGGCGAUGCGGUGUUAACGGGGUGUGUGGUGAAUGAGACUACCGGUCCAUUGACAGAAGAAGAAAAAAAGAGGUGGUAA